AUGUCGUUUGGCCCGAUGCACACCACUCUACUUGACCAGCGCAGUCAGGUGGACCUUAACUCACGGGUUGAUCAACUCACACAGAAGGUCGAUGAUCAAAACAACCUGAUUGGCCAGCUACUCAGGCAUAUCAACUUGGAUCAAGGCCCUAACCUUGGACCCCGUGAUGAGGAGAUGAGGGGGCACGAGCAUGCUGGCGAGCAGUUCGAGAGGUCUCAGGCUGACGAGACGCAGACAGCUGCAAGCCGCACUCUAAGCCGUUCGAGGUUAGGUCCAAGGACUAAUGCGCUCGAGAGGCUAGGCCCACACUCCAAUGUCCAUGCUCGCUUGGGCCCACAAGGAGCUCGAGAUCGUGAGCGGUCGCGUGACAAGCACAACGAUCGACGCCCACCAGCCUGCUCGAGGACCAACACACGGCACCCAAGACGUCGACCUGAGCGACCUUCCUUGCGAGCGGAGGAUGGCAAUCGACGCCCACCAGCCCGCUCGAGGACCAACACGCGGCGACAAGCUGCAGAGGAAUCCUCACAAGCUCAAUCUCCUAAUCUGCCCCACGGGCAGGGCACCCAAGGGGAUCGACCCUUGGGAACCGAGGAAGAGGUUAGCCAGUCGAGCUCGAGGCACUGUAGACGUCGGCCCGAGACUCUAACCUUGCAGGCAGACGAUGUGGACAAGCUAGUAAAUGACCAACUCCAAGGUCUCCGACUUAAAGGAAGCACGGAAGAGGCCCUGUGCAAGGAACUUGAUCGAGUUGACUGCUCGCCCUUUACCGACGAGGUGGAACGAGCUCCGCCACCGAAGCGGUUUACAACGCCAUUCGUCACUCCAUUUAAGGGGGACUCUGAUCCUGAGAGCCAUUUAAGGCACUUCAAAAGCGUCAUGAUCCUGUACAACGCAGACGACACCCUGAUGUGCAAAGUGUUCGCGAUGACUCUGCGAGGAGCAGCUCAAGAUUGGUUCCACACUUUACCGUCUGCGUCGAUAGGCAACUUCAAGGAGUUCGCCCUCAUUUUCACAAAGGAGUACCUCCUACAAAAUGGUCAGAAAGCAUGCAGACCAUCCGUUCAACCUAUGCAAAAAGCCAAACGAGUCUCUACGAGACUACCUAACACGGGGUUGCCAACCGAGCACGAGCUAUACCGGGAGCUGGCCAUAACUCCAAGCCAAACCUUGACGGAAGUGUUCGCGACGGCAGAGCGUAACCCACUUUGGGACGAUGAUCGUAUCACCGCGAAGAAAGCCAGCAAGCAAAUUGACCACCCGACGAAGCAGGCAAGCCAAAAGAGCAACAAGUUCGAGCAAAAAGCCCGAGAUAAACGUAGAUGGCGACCCCAAGAAAGAGGUUCAGAAACAGGGACCUUCACUGAGUUCGUUAUCCCAAUCCACCAGAUCCUAGCACAAGUGAAGGACAAGCCGUGGGUGAGAAGACGGCCACCCAUGAGGGGAGACCCCUCUAACGUUUUCGGUUGUCUUAAGCUUCCCUUAUACAGCGGCACCAGUUUUGUACAGCCCACCGUCCUCAGCUGA